GUGGGUGUUUAAAUCCAUCGUUGAAGGAAAGCAUGCGACCACCGAGGAAAAUACAGCCGAUGUAGACAUUGUGUAUGACAGUGAUGAAUCCUCGUGUGUGACCAUAAAAGAUUCACUGACAAAAAUACAAGUUGCUUCUUCAGGGUCUUCUGGCGGAAAGCGUUCGCAGAAACGCUGUGUGUUUACUGUGAAAAACUUGAUUUGAAGUUGGCAAGGCAUCUGGAACAAGAUCAUAGUAGUGAAGUUGAAGUUGCCAAAGUUUUAAAUAUGAAGAAAGGAUCAAAUGAAAGGAAACGGGCCUGGGCAGUAAUAGCGGCUAAAGGCAACAAUUUAUAUAAUACAAAAAUUAAAAAUAAAGGAUUUGGGACUUUAAUACCAAAAUACCGUCAGAGAAAAGAGCAAGACGUUAGAAAAUACCUCCCAUGUGAGUUUUGCAGAAUGUUAAUAGUAUCGUCAGACCUUUGGAAACACCACAAAAGUUGCGUCGGAAAUGAAAACAUGGUUAAAAGCGAUGCCCCUGUUAGAAAUUCAAAAUUGUUAGAGGCAUGUUGUUCCACUGACAACUCGGGUCUUGGCGAAAUAUUUCGAAAGAAAGUUGUCGCAAACAUGAGAGAUGACAUAAUAGGCCAGUGGGCAAAAGCUGACAGAUUGAUAAUGAAGUUUGGAGAAAGGCGGUUCGAAAAAACGGGAAAUUCCGAAACCUCACAUGCACAUAUAUCUUGCCGCAUGCGUGAGCUGGCGAGAUUAGCAGUAGCUAUGAAGAAGAAAAUACCUACUGUAGACAAUCUAGAAAAAUGCAUCCAGCCUGUCAUGUGGACUUCACUUUUGGAAACAAUUAAAGAGGUUGCCGGAUUCGACCCCGAUACAUGCUCCUUCCAGUCCCCAUCAUAUGUAGAAAAGGUUGGAAAUAGUUUAAAAAAAGUGGCUAAAAUGCUCAGGACACAGGCUUCAGAGGCGGAAGACACUGUGCAAGAAGAAAGAAUGACACGAUUUCUAAAAUGCUACGAUGACGAAUACUAUGAAAGAAUGGUUUUCAUGGCCAAAGAGUCCUUGGCCAUUGAAAGGUUUAAUAAACCUAAGCUUCUACCACUCGUAGAAGAUGUUGUGAAACUCUCAACUUAUUUGCGUGAGGAAGCGGAAAAAUUAAAGCCAGUGUGCAAGAUGAUGUCAAAGAAAUGUAUUCGGCCCUUUGCAAGUUAUCAUUAGCCGAAGUUAUACUAUUUAAUAGGAAGAGGUCUGGGGAAGCAGAACGGUUAAAAAAAGAAGACUUUCUAAAGGGCUGUGUUAAUGAAAAUGUAGACAAAGACGUUUCAAAAACAUUAAGCAAAUUUGAAAGACAGUUAUGUAGAUCUCACUUCAGAGUUGAAACGCGGGGUAAGAGCCUUAAACGAGGGAGGAGAGUUUCCAUACUUUUCACGAAAAAUAUGAAGGAAAACCUUGAUAUCCUUUUGAAGCUUCAGUCUAGGUUACAUAUAGAAAGUGAUUAUGUGUUUAUAAGACCGGGCGGAAGGAAACCUUUUAGGGGGAAUGACGUUCUGAAAGAGGCGGCCGAAACUGCAAAUGUUACGCAUGCUUCUAGAAUAACAUCAACUAGUUUAAGGAAACAGUUGGCAACAAUGUCGCAGGUUCUGAAUCUAACAGAGAGCAACCAGGACCUACUAGCAACGUUUAUGGGACACGAUAUUAGAAUUCACAGGGAAUAUUAUAGGCUUCCAGAAGGAACGCUAGAAGUGGCGAAAGUAUGCAAGAUCCUGCACCUUUUAAAUACCGGCAAGAUAACUGAGACUGAAGCUGCAAAAAUUCACGAUAAUACCCAGUCUUUUAUCGAUAAAGAAACGACAGUGACUGACGAAGAAAAUUCAAGUGAUGAAGAUGAUGAGCAGUCAGAUGGCCAAUGCGAUGGUGCAGAGCCUAGUAGACUAAGUGUUGUUUCUCCACCGAGAUCAGAACCUACUGUCAAACCUCGAUAUGGGCUACAGAACACAGGAGAUUUUGACUCCGAUGAUGAUGUGGGUGAUCCUGACUGGGUUAACAAUAAAAGACAAUAUGGUAAUUGCUUGCAAUUUUUCCUUAUUUAUUCCUACGUGUUGUUAGUAUCAGUUAUACUCGGAAAUAUAAAGUUUAAGGCAAAAAUUAAAUACGAAUUGGCAGGGGUUAUUGACCAGGUAUAAAGUUCUGCUUCGAACGAGAAGUAGCUGAAUUGCUCAUUUCAUUUGUUAGAAAUGGAAUGUGAAAACUUGCCAUUUAGUUUAUAAAAAUCGUAGCAUAUGACGCACGCUUCUGUUUAUAAGCUUUAUAACCAUACACAUGUUUUUCUCUAAUUGAAAAAUACACUAAUUUCGACCAGUAAAUUUCUCAGCAUAACGCUCGAUUCACAGGAAAACAAUUGCAAAUUAUUAGAAAAUCAGUAUAGCGUUUUAAUCAUCUGCAAUGUUUUUUUUUAUAAAUUUUUAUUGCAGACAGUGAUGAAUCCGAUGAUGACCUAAAAACAAGAAAGAAACAAAAGAAAAACUGUGGUAAAAAGCUAAAUUAUAUAUGUUGACAGCAUUUAAAUUUAAGCUUCUAUCAUGAAAUUGUAAUUGUUCAAAGAUAUCUUGAUUUUAAACACAAUCUCUUAUGUUACAUACCAAAUUUGGUCGACUUUUGAUUUAACGUUCAAAUUUUAACGGAAUACAAUUGUCAUAUAAAGUGCUUUCCGGUUAUAAUGGGGUAAUUUUUCUGGGAGCUGUUUCUUGCUUGUAACUCUGAGAUCUUCAGUUGUUAUUUCAUCAAAAAAAAAUUCUACAUGUAUGUAUCAAAAUAUGAGGUACAUGAUGAUUGUAUAAAUGUUGUCUUCUCUCUGUUUUUGUUUUGUAAAUGUUUAAAUUUCUUUUUUUUUUCAGGCAAAAAAAGUGGACACCAGAAGAAGACAGAGUUGUGAUGACCGCAUUUCAAAAAUAUGUCUACCUUAACAAAUUGCCAGGAAAGGCUGAAUGUGAUCGGUUGCUAAACGAAAAUCCAUGUUUGGGCAGAAGAAGUUGGCGUAACAUUAAGGACUUCGUUAGGAAUAAAACAACAAAAUUGAAUAAUGAUUUAAAGAAGAAACAGAAAUAAAUCUGAAUUGGUUAUACAAUCCUGACGAGACGGAGUGCAUGCAUAAUUGUAGAUCCAAAUGACGUAUAAGUAUUAGAUGGUAUUCAUAUUUUUAUAGCUUGUGUAAUGUACGCAACAAAAUGUAUAGAUCAUUACUAUUACUAUUCUAAAUUAUAAGUUUCACUCCUGUGAUUAGAAUAAGUAUCAUUAAACAUGUUAAAUGAUAUUUAUCUAAUACGUACUUUACUAUGAAAUGUUAUUAUACAAGCAUGUUACUGCAGCUAAUGUUUUCUUCAAUUAAAUAGAAUUGUUUUAGACAACAAACGUAUUUAAAUCAUAUAUCGUAAAUAUGCAGAAUUAAUAAGUACAUGUUACAAUGAAAAGUAAAUAAUCAGGAUGUUGUUUUACAUUUUUUAAGAUUUAGAUCAUUCAAAGCGAGUACAAAUGUUCCCCAUGUACAUCAACUUUAAUUCAUUCUAACGUCUAUAUGUAUUCAAACCCUGUCAGAAUAAUUCUAGAGUUAUUGAUUUGGUAGUGUACAUUUCAAAGCGAAAUUUCACACAAUUAUUUGUUUGCUUUGAAGUAUUUACUUGGAAGUUUAAAGGCAGUUAUGUUUAAACUCGAUUUUGACUUUUAUUUUGUUUCGUAAAAGACAUAUCCUUAGCGUUUAACUUUACAUUAUUGUUUUGCCAUGAAUGCAAAGAUCAUAGUACUAUAAUAUAAUAAUAACUAGCUUUCCACUGGAGAUUUGUCAAGAUCAAUAAUUCAAGAUAAAACAUUAUAUUUCCUUGGAUUAUUUACAUACGUAACAGUAACUUUAAACCGUGUCAUACAACGCAAUAAGAUCUUUUUAUAUAGUAUACACAUGUUUCAAUAAUUAUAAAUGUAUAUAAUAUGAAUAUACAUUAUGCACAUUGUAUGUUAUUUUUCCGAGGGCGGUCGUAUUGGCCCGAAGCCGUAGGCCGAGAAUCAAUACUAAUUUCCCAGGACAAAAUAACAAGACAUACUAUCAAAUCAUUUAUCUAAUGAUAAUUGAGUUUAAUAGAUAACUACGAUCUAUUAUGACGAGCGGACUAACGUUUUCGUACUUGUAAUAAUGUUACUGCCAAGAUUGCAUUACUGUAAAUUAAUUCUAUGGAGAAAUUAUGAGCUAGAGUUUCUUUGAAUAAGAAAAAUACAACAAAGGCCGUCAUUUUAGCUCAGAUCUAUAUCACUCUUCGGCACUACUCUUGCAGCCAAUCAGAUUCCUUAAAAUAUGGGCUUUAUAUCUAUAUCACUUGUCGGCCUCGGCAAAUUACAGGGCUGAUAAAUAAAUAGUUAUUUAAUAAAAAAUUGUGUUGUGUUCUUCGUAUUCUUUUUAAUGUUUAAAGUAUUUUUUCAUGAUGCAGUUGUUGAAUUCUAGUAGUUUUCUUCUCUAUUUCCAAUAAUGCUAAAUGUGUUAUCUUAGCAUACUAGCUCCUCCGAGUCAUGUUAUACAAAUCAUGUUUUAUGCAUGGGUAAGUCCUCUCAUAUAGCCUUAUGCAAAUAUAACAUUAAUUUACUUCGUUGUACUGCCUGUUAAUGCUUUUAAAGCAACAGUCCAUAGUUGUUUACAGAAACUGGUGAUGAAAAAAUUAUUUAUCAUUUUAAGGCCGAUUAAAGAAUUGUUGCUGGAAAAUGUAUUUUUUUCUGAUUAGAGCCACUGAAUUACUGUGCCAGAUGAUAUACGAAAAUCACUGUAAAUAUCAUAUACGAAAACUUAAUAAACAAAUUAUAUAAAAUUCAUUUCUUAAAAGAUCUCUUCUAUUUUGAAGGUAUUCUACUUUUUUUUCAGAUGCACAAAUAUUAAUGCUUAUUUCAUAUUGUUUUAACUGUAGUUUGCUUUAUGAUAGAAAAUAAACCCUUCCCUUUAUACGCUAUUUCUAUUUUCAUGUGCAGUAAUUAAGCUAUGUUUAUUGUUCUGAAAAUAAUUAUGUUUUUAAUAUUGAGAAAUAAUUCUGUAAAGAUUUUCAAAAUGAAGUUUUCGUAUAGAAGUAUGGACUGUCUUUUUUUAAAAAUUCAUGCUACAUAUUUUCUAGUUAUAUGCAUUUUUAGUAACAAAAUUUUAGAUUGCAUAAUAAUAAUUAGCAAUUUAAAAGCAUUGUAUUUAGGGAUUUUUAAUCAUUAUUUCAUAUAUGUCAUUGUUUGUCAUUCACUAAUUGAAGGCUUCUCUAUAUUUUAAAGCGUGUACUUAUAUAUGUAAUUUUCUUAAUCAUAAGAAAGUUGUCUAUUCAAAAAAUAAAGAAUUUGAUUUUAAACUGAAAACGCCUCAUUUUAUUACAUAAAUGUUAUACAACAAAAUCCUAUGUACUACCAUUUCGUUAAAACCUUGUUCGAAGAAAAUAAAACUAAAAUGCAAAUAGGUGUAUCAUUGUCUUCAUUUGGAUAGUUAUUAGCCCAAAUGAGGGUGUGUGCGAGUUGUCUUCACUUGGCACGUCUGUGUAUCGGUUGUCUCCAUUUGAUGGCAUAACGACCGGUUUGAAGCCAAUAGGUUUAGCAGUUUAUUAAACAACAAACUAUGAACUUGUGCUUUUUAUAUGCAAUAUAAAAUGAUUUGGGUAACGUAUCAUGUCUGGAAAUACAUGUAUCGAAUUGACGGUGUCUCGCCCGACGUCCUCAUUUGAAGGUGUAUGUACGUACGCGCGCGUGUGUGUGUGUGUCACAUACUUUUUUACUAAACCCAUUGACAUAUUUCUUUACCACUUAGAAUAUAUCUAUUUACUUUAAUGACAACAACUCAGUAUAUAUUGAACCUUUUUUCAAAGACACCUCUGAUUUUUCUAUCAGGCUUGCUGUCAUAUGGUAUGCUCUUGUUUCGUUCGGCUCGUUCAUCACAUUAUAUGCUGAACUGAACGGUCAAUCAAUCACAUUUUCAUGACAUUUGUAUUCCAGAGUGUCAAAGGUUAUAAGUUUACAGAACAAUGAUUUAUUUUUAAUGUGCAUGUGAGAUAAUCAUUUGUGGAUUUCUUUUUAUGCCACCGCAAUCUGCGAUGCGGUGGCAUAUAGCAAUUCACCUGUGUGUUUGUAUACUUCACUUACCGAGGUAAAUUAUAUGUUUACACACCCACGUACCGAGGAACAAAAAAACACUGAGGUACUUUUCCCAUUACCUCGGUAUGUGUACCUCGUAAAAUGCGCGCAUUUACUACGACACACCUAUUGGCGAAAUUUUGUGAAAACCUCGGUUUAUCGUUAUCGUGCUUAUGUGUGUGUCAGUGUGUGUGGCCACACACCAUGGUACCAAAUCAGUUAAAUCGUAAACUAAUUUUUAGACAUGCGCAGUUCAACCAUUCAUGCACCGGAAGUAGGCAUUUCAAGAUGGCGGAGUAACACGAGAUAAUGCGAGGCAAUGCCUAACCCAACAUCAGCUGUUGGCUAAAUUCAAUUUAAAAACUACGUUUUUUGGGAAAGGUGUAGAGCCUACUCAGGUUUACAAAGAAUAACAUUUCACACUAAUACAGUAGAAUCAAAGUCCGGUCGGACGACUGGCUUUCGAAUUUACUUCUUCAAUUUCGAGGAAUUGUUCAAAGUUGCUGAAUUUGCACACGAGAGUGACAUGGCCGCCAUUAUAGUUAAUAUGCCAUAUUGUUAAGAAGUACAGACAUUUAGACAAGGUAAUUCUUUUUUAAACAUUUUGGAAAGUAUUCUCAUAAUUUCAUUAAAGAAUUUACCCCGACCCGGGUGAAAGCAGUUUUCUGGUUUGAAAGUGACGAGUGUUUUUCAUAAAUAAGGUAGAUAGGUUUGCGCAGAGAGAUAUAGAUAACAUUGGAUCUUCAUCUUUGGUGUGAGGACCCUCCGUGGCCAGGUGGUCAAGGUUGCUGACUUGCCCCUCAUAGAUACGGGUUUGAAUCUCACUUUUGGCGUAAAAUUCUUUAUAGAGGUAGCCCUCCAGCUCGGGCUUAUGGAAAAUCGGUGGUACUAUUGUGGUGCCUGCUCGUAAUGAAACAAUGCAGGGGAGGCAUAUUGGGUCUUCCUCAGAAAGAAAAAAAAAUAGACAUAGAUUCUAGUUAAAUUAGGAGGGAAAGUGGGAAUCAUUACAUCCAUUAAUGAGAAGAAAUAGUUAAUUCCAGUAACUUUUACAUUUUUUAUAUCUUUACAUACAACAAUUACAAAUAUGAUAAUUAUAAGUCUUUGGUUACAUAGCAAGAGCAAAGAAAAAAUAAUAAUAAGGACAUAAAAGGUUGUUUAAACUAGAUUCUAAUUAAUGACAUAAAUGUGUAAUAGUUGUACUGGUCACAAUGUAAUAAACAGGUACAUUGAAAAAACCCGCUCAGACCAUCAGUUUUCCAAUUUCAUGACUAUGUAAGCCAGUUCCUAUUCAUGAAGUUUUUGGCAUUUACAUUAAAAUUUAAACAAGCGUCAUUACUCACGCGGUCAUAUUCUCAUUUGAGCUGUCAGUUUAGAACAUAUUCCAUAAACAUGGUGUUGACUUGUCAGAUACAAUUAUUAUCCCUAGCUUUCUUGGUGAUUUUAGUGGUUAAAAGAUCAUUAAAUAACAUUAGUCUAGUGAUUUAGUUUUGGGCCUAGGUACGUGCUACAAGUCUCAGAACUUUGUAAAUUUUAUUAAGAAAGUAUAAGAAAUUUAUUUACUACCGUUUAACCGCCCUCUCCCCAACAGCCUCAGAACUAGUUCGAUUAAAUAUGGAACAAUAUGGAACUUAUCAUAUAUUUAAAUUCUAAUCAAACUAACCAUCUAACAUCAUGGAAAUGUCUGAAAAUUAUGGGUCGGACUUGAUUGGGCAACUCUUUUUGGCUUGCAGCCACGACUGCAAGCCAUUUCAUAUGGAAAACUUGUUCCGGUUAGGUGGUUUCCUGCUUACAUCUGUUGGUGCAUGAUUGAACGGGAAACCAGCUCCAAUCGUGCCAAUCGCAACUUUUCGGCCUUUUCCGUCACUCUUCGGAUUAAUUAUAAUAGCCGAUGUAGUUCCGAGUGCAAUCGUGACAAUUCGGGCGAUUCCGUCAUACUGCGGAAUCAGACGAAGUAAUAUUACGGAAAUCUAAGCUAUUUUAGUUACUUCGGUAAUCCCAUAUUGUUUAUAUAAAUAGGAUUUCUAUUUUUACUUGAUUUAUCGGUUUAAACCGAAAUAAAUUUUAAACGAAAUUGUUCCGUUUCAAAUGUUUUUCAAGACGGAAAAGUUUGUUUCUUUUAUAAUUAUUUUUUGUCUGUAUUAGUUUUAUACAAUAGAGGAUGGUGACUGUAGUUCAAAGGGUGGUCCUGCUUACCAAAUCACGCAUGACCGAGUUAUAUUUAGAUCUACUGAACGCAAGGUAAUCUAAAAAUAGCCCAUGCAUAUCAUUAACCUUGCCACGUGCUGAAUCGUCUAUUUGUGAUCGUGUAACAUAGUUGAUACAUGGUACCACGUAAAAGUAUUUUAGUGCAUUUACUUGUCUAUAAAGCAAAGGAAUGAUUUCGCUGCGAAAAAGGGGAAAUGAAAUGUGCACACUUGUUUUCCUUCAGUAUCACGUUAGUAUUUUUACGGUUGAUCAUUUUUUAUUAGUUUUAUACAAUAGAGAAUAGAUUGACAAAAAAUAUUCGGUUUUCCAAAAAAAAAAAAAAAAAAAAAAAAAAAAACACCAACUAAAUAAACCCUUUAUGAUAUACAAAUACCGUAAUUCAAAAAAAAAUGUGAUAAUAAAUUGAAACCAAAAAAAAAAAACAAUUUUAAAGGGUUGGGAUGAAGGCACAACUGUGCAAGCCUUUCCUUUUAAAAGGAAACUUUAUUACUCUUUCUACUCCAAACUCUCCACCGUAUAGGCAGGGAACUUUGGAGUGUGACGUCACAAACCAACAUGGCGGCUUCUUCAGAAAGACGAACCAAUGAAUUGUUUCAAUGUGAAGACUGUCACAUUUUUUUCUGUCUAUGGAGGUCUUUCACAACCAUCCAUGUGUAGCUUCAGGUAUAUAAUUUUAUUCCUUAAUUACCAAAAUAAAUUUAGAAGGUAUUAGUUUCCUUUUAAGCCGCGAAUUGAUGCAACAUUUCGACCGAGACUUUUCGAUCCAAGACUUUUCGCCCUUAAUAAAGUAUAAAGUUUAUUACCAGAAAAAGCAAUACAUAUUAUUUUCCUUUUUUGAAACCAACAUCAUCUAACAUUAAACAAGAUAUGUUUGUAAAACAUGUAUGCCCCCUAUCAGCAGCCAAUUAGUCAUGUGAUAAGGUUAUUAUGCAUGACUUCUGACCCAGUGAUCAAACAAUUAAUAAGGGUUAUCAAGUAUCUACUGGUCAUGACCUUAACCUUUGACCCCUU